UUAUACCACCGAGAGAACGCGUGACAAUUGCAACUAGAAACUAAAAUGAAUUUUGAGGAAGGAAAUUGAUAUGAAAAUAAGCAGACAGUGUCUGAAAUAUAUUUCUCAUAUAUCAAUUAAUCGUUCUUGGCGAAAUUUCUCAAGUGUUUCCUCUGAGUUUUGUGGCAGGCGUAUGUACUCUGACCACCUUAAAAGAACAGCCAGUAACACAAGACACGAAGUAAGUACACCUUUAAAGCCCUGUGAUAAAAUGUCUAACAGCACAAAUAAUUGUUCGCCUGGGGCAGAACACUACACCGAGAUCCACAAACACUAUGCUGAGGAGUGUAGCCAAGACGACAUUGGAACAUUCCUGUUCACGUCCGAGUCUGUCGGGGAAGGGCACCCCGACAAGAUGUGUGACCAAAUUAGCGAUGCCAUUCUAGAUGCUUUGCUGCGAAAGGACCCAAAGGCUAAGGUAGCAUGCGAAACAGUUGCAAAAACCGGCAUGAUUCUGCUCGCUGGGGAGAUAACCAGUUCAGCCACUGUCGACUAUCAACAGGUGGUCCGUGAUACCGUACAACAGAUUGGAUAUGAUGACUCGGCCAAGGGUUUCGACUACAAGACUUGUAAUGUUCUGAUGGCCUUAGAGCAGCAAAGUCCAGAUAUCGCCCAGGGUGUGCACCAGAACAGAUCUGAAGAUGACAUCGGAGCAGGAGACCAGGGUAUCAUGUUCGGAUAUGCAACAGAUGAGACCGAGGAAUCCAUGCCCCUCACAGUAGUCCUUUCACACAAGCUCAAUGAGAAAAUUGCUGAGUUACGUCGUAACGGGGGACUACCUUGGGCUAGACCAGACACCAAGACUCAGGUGACGGUGGAAUAUAAGUAUGAUGGUGGGGCUUGCAUACCAAUACGUGUACACACCAUCGUUGUGUCUGUUCAGCACAAUGAGCAUGUGACAACAGAAGAUUUACGUGAGCAGAUCAUGGAGAAGGUUGUCAAUGUUGUCAUUCCGCAGAGAUAUGUUGACAGUAAUACAAUCUUCCACAUACAGCCCUCUGGAAAAUUCAUCAUUGGCGGUCCACAAAGUGAUGCAGGUCUUACAGGUCGCAAGAUUAUCGUAGACACUUACGGGGGUUGGGGAGCUCAUGGAGGAGGGGCUUUCUCUGGCAAGGACUUCUCUAAGGUUGACAGAUCAGCAGCUUAUGCAACGCGCUGGAUUGCCAAGUCGUUGGUAAAGGCAGGUUUAUGUAGAAGAGUUCUGCUCCAGGUGUCCUAUGCUAUUGGUGUGGCCAAGCCUCUGUCUAUCAAUGUACAGAGUUAUGGAACAUCUGACCUCACAGAGCGACAACUUCUCAAGGUCAUUAAGGAUAACUUUGACCUUCGACCUGGUGCCAUUGUGAAGGACCUGAACCUCCAUGCUCCCAUCUAUCAGAAGACCGCCUGCUAUGGACACUUCGGAAGACCAGGGUUCACCUGGGAGAAUCCAAAACAGCUCAAUGUUGAUGUAUAAAUUAGUGGACAUUUUCAUACAAAAUGGACUUUGUUCUGAAUUGUUCAUACUUUCACCUGGGCAGUGCCUUGUUCACAGUGAAUAUCAUUAUUUUCCGGUGUGUCCCAGUUCUCCUCACAUUAAGUUAGGAAAAAAAAUUGAAAGAUUAUAAAUGGUUUGAAACUUAUAUUACUUUUUCAUCUAAUACCUACACAUUGAUUGAUUAAUGAAUUAAAAUAUAGGAGAGCAUUUAUCAGAACAAGGAAAUAACUGUUGAGUUUCUGGUAACAUGCUAAGAAUGAUUCAUUUUGGAUCAAAUUUUGUGAAAGUGUUUUUUUCAUGUACAGAAAUCUUGAAAAAUAAUUUCUUGGGAGUAAGUCUAUAAAUCAAGGUGUAUGAAUGUGAUACCUGAACCAGAAACAAAAGAUAUAGGGAUCGAGUUUUUAAGGAAUGGGUUGUUUAGGUUGAAUAUGUGAGUCGUUAUACAGCGGGUUAAAGUAAAUGUCUCGUUGCAUUAUACUGCUAUCAAGAUGUAAUCAAUGUAUUAUAAUUACUUAUGACCCCAGAUCUAAUAUAUAUUGUAUUGUAUAAUUUUGUUUUUAUAUGCGAGAUAUUAAUAUAAACUGGUAUGAUGGUAUAGGGACUUUGUACCCAUUGUGUGACCCACAGAUGUGUGGCUAUAAAAUAUAUUUUCAUUUUGAGUGAGUAUUCAGUUAAUAUACAGUGAUAAAUCUACAAAUGAGUCCCGAGUCCUAUACGUAUAUAAUUUGAUGGGACUCAAUAGAAUUUCAAGAAGUACUUAAAUUUAACAUUUGGGACCCAUUGGUUUUUGCAAUACAGUUGAAAAGGACCCAUGAAAAUAAAUUGUACAUUGAUCACUCAAUAUAUAAAUAUUUUAGCGAUAAUAUUAUUGAUAAAGUUGAAAUAGUUGAAGGGUUGUUAAAAUUGAAUUUUAUUUCUUUCUUUCCUCUAGAAAACUUCAUACAUUUCUGUUUAUACAUUUAUGUUUUUGUCAAUCAAAACAAGUUUAGGAAUCUCAUUUCGUAAAAAUCUUUUAUAUACAUGUAUAAGAAUUUAAAUGUGUUUGACAUUUUUUUUUAAUUAAUUGCAUGCACUCAUCACUCACAAUAUGAUUGAAACUAACACUUUGGUUUUAUUUUUUUAUUUAUAUAAAAAAAACCCAGAGAAACUGUUUUCUUGUUGCAAAAUGAUAACAAUAUUGUAAUGUAUACAUCUUUCUUGUAAGAAAGUUAUCUCACAAACUACGUGUACAUACGAGGUACAGACAUAUAUCUGUGUUAUCGCUCUGUAUUAUUAGACAUAAGAAUAUUGUUUACCUUAUGGACCAAUACAUUAUAUUUCAAGUACGAUUUUAUUUACUCACUAUAAAUAUGAUCUAAUGACUCAUUUUAUUUUGUCAGUAAGGUGGUUCUGCAAGAGCAACAAAAGGUUGUAUGGAAUGUUGAUCAUUGCUUAAAUAUGUCAGUAUCUAGGGUAACCACAUUUUUGGUAAGAUAAUAUAAACAGUUUGUAAAAUAACAUUUAUCUUUUGCAUGUAUAACAUGUUUGUUCAUGGUGUAAGUUUUUCAGUGACUCUACAACAAACUUAAGUGUUGCAGCUGUAUGUAUAAUUAUUAUACAGCCCCGUGUGUACAUUGUAUGUAUAAUUAUUAUACAGCCCCGUGUGUACAUUGUA